AUGCUGCCUGCCAAGCGUAAACAUGACUGUACAUCGUCGUCUGACGAGGAAAUCAGUUAUAAAAAGCUGAAAAAGACUGAAAAGCGCAGAAAACGCAAACAUAGCACAUCGUCGUCUUCCAGUUCAUCAUCGACGAGUUCUUCAUCAAGUGAGGAGGAUUACACUGUAAGGAAACAGAAAAAAUCAAAAUCUUCUAGAAUUAAACAUAAAUCCAAGUCAAAGAAGCAAAAGAAACACAAAACAGACAAGAAAUCAAAGCGAAAGAAGUCUCACAAAGAAAAAAAGCAGAUUAAAGUUGAGAAAAAGGAACAAAAGGUAAAAAAUGAUGAUAAUAAUGCCUCAAAUGAUAUUCCACUUGACUUAAUGGACAAAUCUAUGACUCCAAUGACUAAAGAACAGUGGGAAAAACAACAAAGUGUUGUAAAAAGAGUUUUUGAUGAAUCCACAGGACGUUAUAGAUUAAUCAAAGGAGAUGGUGAGGUAAUUGAAGAAAUUGUCAGUCGUGAAAGACACACACAGAUUAAUCAACAAGCAACGCGUGGAGACGGCGAAUACUUUCAAUCGAAUUUAAAACAAUUAAAUAUUAGAAAAUGAACGAUAUUUUUCUAAAAUAGCUUAAUAUAGCUUAUAUACACUUAUUUACUAAUAAAUAUUUAGUUGUUUUUACUAAAA